ACUGCAUUUUCAGUUUUCAUGUUUAAAUUUGAGGCUAAAACCUGUUCAAUCAAACAUAAGUGCAUAUAACAGAAAAAACAAUGUCAUAAUUUCAUGACGUGUUAUAUAUUUUUCUCGCUCUCUCUGUUCUGUUUCAAUAAUGGAAUUGGGAAGCAUACUCCACUUCGUUGAGAAUAAGACCAUUCUCAUCACUGGAGCCACUGGCUUCCUUGCCAAAAUUAAGGUAGAGAAGAUACUGGUGGAGAAGAUACAAAUUUUGCAAAACGAGAUCAUAGGCAAGGACUUGUUUAGAUUGCUAAAGGAAAACUUAGGUCCAAACUUCAAUUCCUUUAUAGCACAAAAAUUGACACUCGUCCCAGAGGAUAUUUCUCACCAAGAUUUGGGUUUAGACUCUCAUUCUAUUUUCAAGCAACAAAUUUAUCACCAAACACAUGCUAUUAUUAAUUUAGCUACGACUACGAACGUUGAUGAAAGGUAUGAUAUAUCGUUUGGCCUAAAUACCUUUGGAGUUAAGCACAUCAUAAACUUGUCCAAAAAAUGCACUAAACUCGAAGUGUGUGUACAUAUAUCAAUAGGUUUGUAUAUAUAUAUAUAUAUAUAUAUAUGAUUAGCUACUAAUCUGGCUAUUAAAAUGAGACAAGGAGUGAUGCCAUGCUCUAAGAUUUGUAUCAAGUAUUUUAAUUUUUUGCUUGGAAAGGGGUAUUGACUGUUGUGAAUAUCCAAGAAACCAAGAGUGGUGCCAUGCUCCAAGAUUUGUUUAUUGCUAGUAGUAGUAUUUUAGUAGGUUGCAAAUCUUUGCCAUGCCAUAAUUAGCUGCGGUAGUAUGGUACUU